AUGAAAGAAUACACGGAGGAGGCGCCCCAAAUGUCAGGGCGGGUGCAUGUCGUUGGCCUCGGAAAUGUAGGGACGUUCAUUGCCCACUCGCUCGCAUCGCGACAGUCUCCGCCGCCCAUUACACUCCUUCUUCAUAACACAGAGCUCUUGAGAGAUUUCCGACAGAAGAAAUACUCUCUCGCUAUCAACCACCAAGGUCUGGACGAAGUUAGAGGCGGAUUCGACGCGGAAGUGCUUUCUGAAUCGGCAUGGUACAAGGUGGACACGACACAGGUCAAGAGCAACCAGGGCAGAAAAAGAACUACCGAAGAAGAAGAAGACCAAUUCGAAAGUCCGACAGAAGACGACAUUGACUGCUUGCUUGUCUGUACCAAGGCCAACAUGACAAUAAAAGCCAUCGAGGCUCUCAAGCACCGCUUGACCUCGAAUUCAACCAUCUGCUUGGUUCAUACUGGCAUGGGACUCCUCGGUCGGCUCAAUGAAGAGGUUUUCCCGGAUCCUAACAAUCGCCCGCAUUUUAUCGAAACCGCUUUUAGCCAUUACCUCACAAGGCUGCAUCCUUUCCACAUCGCACAUAAUAGUCCUGGAACUUUCCUCCUCAGCCCCGCGGUCACCGAGAAAACUCCUUUGAUCGAAGCAGAGAAAGAUACUCAUUGGGCUCCUACAACGAAAUACCUUCUCCGUCUCUUCACUCUCACGCCACAAUUAGUUGCCACGGUGGAGACCCCCUCGGGUUUACUCAUGCACCGUUUGGAGAAGCACGCCGCCGAAUGCAUCAUCGGCCCGCUAACAGUAAUCAACGACUGCCAGAAUGGCGAGCUUCUGUACAUCUUCAGCGCAACCCGACUCACGCGGAUGCUGCUUUUUGAAAUAUCGAGUGUGAUCUGCGCUCUCCCGGAGUUGCAGGGCAUCCCAGGUAUCAAGAGUCGAUUCUCCCCAGAACGUCUACGUCGAUUUACCGCUUAUAUAAUGGCGAAGACGGCCCCAAACACCAGCGCCAUGCUCCAGGACAUUUACGAAGGCAAAGUCACAGAUGUUGAAUUCUUCAACGGCUGGAUCGUUCGCCGCGGCGAAGAGCUGGGUCUGAAGUGUGUACUUAACUACAUGGUUAAACACAUGGUGCAGACUAAGCUCGCUAUCACCAUGCGCAGAGACAACAGCGCCAUCCCUAUUGACUUUGAGAACGUCAUUAUCACUGGUGACCCGCAAGUAGACAAUUAG